AUGCCUCUGGUAUCCAUCUCACUAGCUCGCCAGCAGCCACAGCCACAGCCACAACACAGCAGCAACCACACGUUCUUCGAUCCGUCAGUCAGCAGCGCUCCAGUUUCGAUCUGCCUCGUUCGCUCCUGCCGCCUCUCUCUCCUUGAUCAAUCGGUUGAUAUGGCGUUCGCUGAGGAGGAGACGACGGCGCACCUUGGCAUGAACCUGAUCGAGACCUCCUACGACUCGGAGGACGGCCUCGCCGGCUGGGCUCCGUCCGGCUCGUGCACGCUCUCCGCGCACGCCGAGGACGAGCCGCUUCCUUCGCUAGCAGCCACAUUGGCCACCGCCGCCGCCGCCUACGACGACGACUCUGACGAGGAAGUCCAGCAGCAGCGUGCGCGGAAGCCCAGCGGCCGGUACGUCCUGGCCGGGCACCGCGCGAGCGACACGGACGGGCUCUGCCGGGCGAUCUCGCGCGCGCCGAGGCCCAAGGUGACAUACCGGGUGGCCGGGUGGGUCGGCCUGGAGGGCGCCGCUGUGGAGGGUUCCCACGCCGUUCACGUCGAGGUCCGCGUGGACGAUGGCCAGCGGGUCGGUGGCGGCGUGGCUGUGGUCGAGUCGGGGAAGUGGGGCGAGAUCAAGGGCUCGUUCCGGGUCGACGAUGACGAUAAGCCGCCGCUAAAGAUUUCCAAACGGGCCAGGCCCAUCGGGCCAGCACGGGCACGAUGCAGAAGCUCAUCAAGAAGGAGUAUGCUGCACUCAUUGUUUUGUUACAUGCAAGCAAGUUCUUCUAGCGAUGAGUUCGAAUCGCUCCGCUUAUCGGAUUGUGACACGGUGCGCAAGCGUGACGUGGUGCUCAAGGUGAACCAGCGGACGGGCGACGACACGACGGCGAGCGUCGCCGGAGCGCACAUCCAGGUGAUCCAGGUCCAGAACAGCGUGCCCAUCGGGACCUGCAUCACCAAGGCGGGCAUGCAGAACCCGGCGUACGUGGACUUCUUCACCAAGCACUUCGACUGGGCGGUGCUGGAGAACGAGCUCAAGUGGUACUACACCGAGGCCGUGCAGGGGCAGGUGAGCUACGCCGACGCCGACGAGCUCAUCGACUUCUGCGACCGCCACGGCAAGCCCGUGCGCGGGCACUGCAUCUUCUGGGCCGUGGAGAACUCGGUGCAGACGUGGGUCCGCGCGCUCAACGCCAACCAGCUCCGGGCGGCGGUGGAUGCCCGGCUGCGUGGCCUCGUGUCGCGCUACAGCGGGCGGUUCCCGCACUACGAGGUGAACAACGAGAUGCUGCACGGCGCCUUCUACACGCAGCGGCUGGGCGACGACAUCAACGCGCACAUGUUCCGGGAGACGGCGCGGAUCGACCCGGCGCCGGCGCUGUUCGUGAACGACUACAACGUGGAGAGCGCCAACGACCCCAACGCGACGCCGGAGAAGUACGUGGCGCUGGUCACGGACCUGCAGCGGCGGGGCGCGCCCGUUGGCGGGAUCGGCGUGCAGGGCCACGUCACGCACCCGGUGGGCGACAUCAUCUGCGACGCGCUGGACAAGCUCGCCGUCACGGGGCUCCCCGUCUGGAUCACGGAGCUGGACGUGUCGGCCGCCGACGAGUCUGUGCGCGCCGACGACCUGGAGAUCGUGCUGCGGGAGGCGUUCGCGCACCCGGCCGUGGAGGGCAUCAUGCUCUGGGGGUUCAUGCAGGGCCACAUGUGGCGCUCCCACGGCCAGCUCGUCAACGCCGACGGCAAGUACACCCAGGCCGGCAACAUGUUCGCGGGCCUCCGCCGGGAGUGGACGUCGCACGCGCGCGGGAAGGUGGAUGGCAACGGCAACUUCAAGUUCAGGGGCUUCCACGGCACGUACCAGGUGCUGCUUACGACGGCCGCUGGGGAGGUGAAGAAGCGGACGUUCGACGUCAACAAGGGGGACGCGCCGCUCGUGCUGGACAUGGAUUUCUAG